UAGACGGACACUACUUGACCUUAAAUGGACCGCCUGGUCUUCCGACUUCCACUGUCUCCAACAAGACCUACCCAUUCUCUUUGUCCGGAGAGAUCGUCCUUUGCUCUGUGUCGACGUUACAUAGCGCCCGAUUCGCAUGCGCUCAUUGGUCCUUUUCCGUGCUUAGACGCGCUGUGACAUUGGCAAGAUUGACUUCAUCCUUGGUGUAGAUUCCGUUCGCCAUGUCCCAAUCCGCCGAGCCGUAUAACCUUCCUGGCGCAAGCUCGCCGCACAUCACGACCGGUAUCCGCCCGAAUCGACGAGCUGCGAAAUGGAAGACAAAAGUCCCGUUUUUGCACUCCUCGUUGCGACAUGCUUCUGCCGACGAUCGGCCGCACCAUGCCGAUCCGGAUUCAAACAACGCCAAUGGGGGAGAUGCCUGGUGGAGGAUUCAUUGGUUUCAGGGCAUGAAGAAUGAUCUGAAGAGGCGCCUGCCGUUCUAUCUCAGUGACUGGACUCAUGCGUAUGAUUACCGGGUCAUUCCCGCGACAGUAUACAUGUAUUUUGCGAACAUCUUGCCUGCCCUGGCAUUCUCCUUGGAUAUGUUCGCAAAAACCAACAUGAGCUUUGGAGUCAACGAAGUUCUACUUGCUUCUGUCCUUGGUGCAGUAGUAUUUGCACUUCUGGCGGCUCAACCCCUCGUCAUCGUCGGUGUAACUGGUCCUAUCACUGUAUUUAAUUAUACGGUGUAUGACAUAAUUACUCCUCGAGGAACUAACUAUUUCUCCUUCAUGUGCUGGAUUGGAUUAUGGGCAAUGCUCAUGCAUUGGUUUUUGGCGAUCUCGAACUCCUGCAAUAGUCUGAAAUAUGUGACAAGGUUCCCGUGCGACAUCUUUGGAUUCUACGUCGCCUUCAUAUAUCUCCAGAAGGGCAUUCAAGUCCUUACUCGUCAGUGGGAGGCGGGUGAUGCUUCGGCAUACUUAUCUAUUGCAAUAGCACUGAUGGUGUUGAUGGUUGCCUACGGCUGCGGUGUGAUAGGGGAAAGCACCCUCUUCCAACGACAUGUGCGGAAGUUCAUCGAGGACUAUGGCACGCCAUUGACGGUAAUUUUCUUCACUGGCUUCGUGCACAUCGGCAAGAUGAGGGAUAUCGAGCUCUUGACCUUACCCACCAGUAAGGCGUUCUUCCCAACAACGGAUCGGGGCUGGCUCGUACACUUCUGGGGUGGGGUAUCAGUAGGGGACGUAUUCAUUGCGCUCCCAUUUGGAGUCCUACUCACCAUCCUAUUUUGGUUUGACCAUAACGUGUCUUCACUCAUUGCACAGGGAACAGAAUUCCCGUUGCGCAAGCCAGCAGGAUUUCACUGGGACAUUUUCCUCCUUGGAAUCACCACAGGCGUCGCCGGACUCCUUGGAAUUCCCUUCCCAAAUGGCCUCAUUCCACAGGCGCCGUUCCAUACGAAUUCGCUUUGCGUAACUCAAAUGGUGGCCGACACUGAUGAAUCGGAAUCCAAAGGCCACGCCCGCCGCAUAACCAGCCAUGUGGUCGAGCAACGAUUGUCCAACCUCGCGCAAGGCCUGCUGACACUCGGCACCAUGACCGGCCCUCUCCUUGUGGUCAUUCACCUGAUUCCACAAGCGGUCUUGGCCGGACUCUUCUUCGUAAUGGGCAUCCAAGCUCUUGAAGCCAACGGCAUCACCACAAAAAUCCUCUAUCUCUUCCGCGACAGGUCAUUGGUCCCCAAGACCGAGCCACUCCGCCGCAUCCGCCGGCAAUCGGCCAUUUGGUAUUUCGUCGCGAUACAGCUGAUCGGCUUCGGCGCGACCUUCGCCAUCACGCAAACGAUCGCAGCCAUCGGCUUCCCCAUCUUCAUUAUAAUCCUCAUUCCCGCACGCGUCUGGCUGCUACCCAGGUGGUUUGCCUCCGAAGAGCUAGCUAUCCUCGAUGCACCGACGGCGAGCCCCUUCACUAUGGAGAGCGUGGGUGGCCAGCACGGAAGUGCCAAUGCGCUCACCCAGUUUCCGGCUAUGGAUGGACCGGACAGGAGCACAAGCGGAUCGAACAGCCCGAUUCAGGAUGGGGAUGAGGCGGAGAGGGGGGAAGCUGGGUCGCGAAAGGAGCAGCUCGGGGAUGCGCCGGAGAAACAGAUUGCGAAGGGAGGGAGCCGGAGGACCAGUUUCCGGGUUCAUGCUGAAGGGGACGACGAGAUUGAGCUGGAUGUGCGCCCCCGGUAAAGGUGGUUCAAUGGGGUAUAAUUUCGAAGCAAUCUCCGGGCUAAGUGUCGGAGAAUCUAUGAAACGAUGGAUGGCUGACGUCUGUAGAGACCAAAGUAUCUCGGAUAGCUACCUGAGUGAAUGUUAUGGCAAGGGAAGACUUGUACAUCAUAAGUUUCCCGAAUUCAGUGUUUCUAUGCUGCUGUGCUUCUACACUAAUUACGGUCGAAUCUAGAAUAGCAACUUACAUCUAAGCCACCAAAGCCUAGGCCUGCCACUCAUAUUAGCAGCACCC